UUCUCGAGAGAAGGCUGGUGGUGGCUCUCGCGGUGUGGAUGCUUUUUAAAGUGAGGAGCUUCGAUGUACUCCUACUGGCUUUACUGUCAAUGUUCAAGCUAUUACUCACGUUAAUCACCGUAGAAGGACUGGACUGUAGCAAGAUGUAUAUGACAAGUCUAAUAAAUUAUGUACCAUGUAGUGCACAGGAUGCGCGGAUCGCUGUGGUGGAUACAACGAAGGGAAAUAAUAAAACGCUCCGGCAAUGAUGCAACACGAGUCUAUCUGGGGGAAUAUGUAUGUGUAGAUGCAGCCAGAAAGAGAGAAAAAAAAAAGGGUGAGACUGACGACCAGGACUGCC